UCGCGUUCCCGAUUUAGGGUCAUUUUCUACUUAGGCGCGCACGCACUCCAUUAUCGUGUCUGCACGUCCACCGAUAACUAAACCUGACGCUAGGCGUGCCUUCCUGAUAACGGAAACUGACAAUUAGUUUUGCAAAUUACCGUCGCGUUUCGCAAACUCGAAGACGAAGUUAACAAAGCACGGUAGGCGGUUCGCGUAAAGAAUCUUGUUGACAAGAAUUCCAAAUUAGAACGACAGAAGAAAAAAAAAGAACACGACACGCAGUGUCCAGAGGAACGGGAGUGAAAUAAUUAAAAAUAACUGCGGUCGGUAUUGAUUAACGUCCAAGUAGAAAUAAUGCAACAUUUUAAAAAUAGCGAUAUGUGGAAAAUAUAUCGAGUCUCUUUGAAUUUAUUUUUGUCUGCUAUCGGAGGAAGGGAGGUUUGCUCGACGUGCUAAAACUAGUAAUGAAACGCGCACAAAAACGAUGUAUUUUUAGGCUCCGCGCUACUUCAAAUUUCGCGCUUGCUUUCCUCGAUCGACUAACGAGAAGGGCAAUCACCUCUGUCGAGAUUUGCUUCGCGAAAUUGUGUGCGUUAGAGGUAAACUUCUGCGUCAAUUAAACGCGCAACAGCGCCUGAUCCUAGCAACCCUACAGAAACUUGCGAAAUUCUCGUUCCAUAAAGGCCGUCACGGUUGUUGUUAAGUUGUACAUCCGAUUACAAUUGCUGCAGGGAGUCUUGGAGCUCCGCGGUUCUGGUACUUUGAACUACUAUAUCAACGCAGUUCCCUGCGAAGACCAACAUCACCUGACCAGUUUAGGUAAUGGAAACAAUAGAAACGCCACAGAAACGAUACAAGCAACUGAUUCUGGUCCUAUAAAUAUCUAAACUUGAUUCAAACCAGCCAACAAAAGAGAGUCGGAAGAUUUAAAGAUUUCCUUAAAUGGCUUGUUUUGCAUGUUUGCCACCCAAGUAUAACGAUUUCUGCUCGAAUGUGAUACAAGCGACGAGAAGGCAGCCGCCGCGCCACUCUUUCGGGAUUGCCCUGCUCGUUAGCGACAUUCGUCAUCUUUAACGCGUUUUCAAACAAGAAUUAACAUGUUCCAUGUUGUUCCAAGUGUCAUAGCGUAGCCCACAUAACCGUAUAUAAGAACCGGCCGGGUUUGCCACGUUUCAGACGAAAACUCGACGAAGGUUGCGCGCGACGUUGCUCUUAAAGUUGAAGUUAUGGAGAAAAGUCUCCUGUUUUUUUCGAUCGUUUCCUUCGCGAUAGUGUUCGCGUGUGCGAAACCGAUUCCUCAGUUCGACCAAAAUGAUUUGGAGUACUCCGCCCCUGAGGAUAGUGGAAAUCGAGCGUUUUGGUUUGGAAGACCUUACUACGAUGAGAACGACGGCGGUGGCGAUAACAACAUCAAUCCACCGGAUCAACAACCAUCGCCCACCGUAUCCUACACCGAUAUUGGCGGUGGCUGGGGUCGCUGAGAAGUUUUCGCAAUGCAAAUAAACUUUUGGAUUUAAUAUCAUCGUUCCAUCGCGCCAUAAAUUUCUAUCGAUUUAGAUAUCAUAUUAUUUAAUAUAAAUUGUAAUCUAAUUAAUAAUAAGAUGAUAAUACCGUACGUAUCAAAAGUUUUGUACUUUCGUAUGUUGUUCUAUUAAACAUAACAU